GCUGAAGACCUGCUGAUAGGGGCGAGCUAAGGCUUUCUCUCAAUCGCGCAGCAUCUCAAAAUGCUACCUAGAAUACUGCCUGCAGCAGCACCUUUGUGGCUAAGCGUCUUCAACACGCUCAGUUGUGCCUAUCCAAAUCACGGACAUCCAAAUGCCGCUGCGCAGCUCCGGCACUGGCCUGCGGAAGCCGCCAAAGCGCUCGGUACGAUGAUCGAGAAGAAUGCCAACCAAAGCAAUUAUGCGGUGUUUGACAUGGACAACACAUCCUAUCGCUACGAUCUCGAAGAAUCCUUGCUUCCGUUCCUGGAAAAUCGUGGCAUCCUGACGCGCGAAAACCUGGAUCCAAGCCUGAAACUGAUCGACUUCAAAGACACUGCCAACUUCACCGAAACACUAUACAGCUACUACCUCCGCCUGUGCGACGUCGACGAUUUCGUUUGCUACCCAUGGGCUGCGCAAGUGUGGUCUGGUCUGUCUCUUCGCGAACUGAAAGGCUACGUCGAUGAGCUGAUGACACUCAACACUACGAUCCCGGUCAAAUACUGGGACGGCGACGAAGUCGCUGUAGACAGCGUCAAUCCACCAAAGGUCUUCCGAGGCCAGGCAGAAUUGUACAACGCUUUGAUGAGCCACGGCAUCGAUGUCUACGUCAUCAGCGCUGCGCACGAAGAACUCGUCCGCUUCGUUGCGAGCGAUCCAAAAUAUGGGUACAAUGUGCCACCGGAAAAUGUUAUCGGCGUCACCACGAUGCUUAAGAACAGUACCUCUGGCAGUCUCACCAACGCGCGCAAGCAGAUUGCAGCAGGCGCGUAUAACGCCUCAGCGAACUUAGAUCUGGUGGUCGGGCCAUACCUAUGGACGCCGGCAACCUGGUUUGCGGGCAAGUGGGCAGCGAUCCUAACUUACAUUGACCCCUGGAAGAAGCCGAUUCUAGCAGCGGGUGACACACCAGGCAGUGACACAUAUAUGCAUUUUCAAGGGGUCGAUGUCGACAAAGGUGGUAUCCAUUUGUGGAUCAAUCGUAAAGAGGAGUUGUAUGAAGAGUUACAGCAGCUAAUCGAGGAGAAUGCUGAAGGGCAGAAGGAGAAUGGAUUCGAAGUGACGGCAGACCGGAAUUGGGUCGUCGUGAAGCCGGAGGACAUCCUAUGAUCAUGAUCACGACGGUGAAAUCAUCGGCGAUCUUGCAGUCGCUCAACGAACGUUCGAAACAAAAGUUGGGAUACGUGUCUAUCCAAUCGUGCGAGGGUCCUAGCGUUAGGUAUACUACAGAACCACCGAUGCGAUUCAUGGUUUGAUGGCAAAAGCUGUGCUACUGGUACACCUAUCCUCGAAGAUGAAAUCCAAAGUUGCGAAUCAACGUUUUGCUUACAUCUGCACUUCUUUAAGUAUCUAACUUACAAGUACCAUAGGUAUUUACGUACAAAAAACAUCUCUCGCC